AUGUCUCUCCUGGACCUAACGCAGGUGGUUCCACAGCCCUUGGAACGCGCCUUCACAGACCCCCAGCCGCAUGCUGGCGAGCCGUCCAAGAAGAAGCGCGAUCUCAUGAGACGGGUUCUCCUGGCCCUCCAGAAAGCACAGAAAUACUCCGCGUACGGCUUCCUAGCGUUCUUCGGGCUCCACGUGUCCUCGGUGGUCGUGGCGCCUGCACUUGGCUUCAGUGCAGAAAAGUGCCAGGACCUCUUUGAGAUGACCCGGGCAGUCUACUUGUCUCCCCUCUUCGAGUACUCUGCCACCUACGCCACGGCCGGGGUUCACGUGGCAUGCGGCGUUUCGGCACGGGUCAUUCGGAGCGUGUUUGCGCCGCCCAGAAAAGCGCCCCGGGCCGAGAGAGACGUGGUCAUAAAGGACCAGCAUAGAGACGACAUAGGUCUUGGGGGCCUCGGCUCCAUCCUCGGGCUCGGCUUCAAGAAAUCGUGGGUCUCGUCGCGGUUCCCGUCCUUCACGCCGUUGACGUUUUCGGGCUACGUCAUGGCCGCUGCUCUCGCCUACCACUUGUACAAGAUGAAGAUCGGCGCGUUGCUUGUGGACGGCGACUCGGCGUUGGUCAACUUGAACUUCGUCACGCAUUAUCUCCGCCAGUCGUUCUACGGGGACGCGGGCAAAUACUUCAACUACGCCAUGCUCGGCAUGCUUCUGUGGGUGUCGUUUUACCACACGAUCAGCGGGCUUUUCAAGUACCGCAGGCAGACCAGUCUCCGGGCCCGCAAGAUCGCCUACACCGUCAUAGGCCUCUUCUCCGGGCUCAGUUUCUUGGCCGUCACCCGCCUCAGGCUGUGGGACUUGGAAGCCGGCUUCGUGGGCAGGCAGUUUGCCAGGUACCUCUUUGUGGAGCGCUGA